GAUGAGGCUACGUAGGGGACGGACGUGUCUGUACAUCCACUCAAAGUACCUAUUCCGUGUCGAUAAACUUUUAAAAGUGUUCUUGCUCUUUGUUGCUUUGUGUAUUGUGCAGUGAAGCAGUGUUUCUCUACCAAGUUCCUUGUAAUCUUCCACACUGGAUUUCCAAUUCGAUGAGGCGUGCGUGAUGCGCGCGCCGGCGGCUCACCCGGCCGCGGCGAGCGUAGCGGGCGUGGCGGGCGUGACGGGCGUGGCGGCGUGGGGCGCAGGCGGCGAAGCGGACGUGGCCGCACCGCAUGCGCCCGCGCCGUUUCUCUACAUGCCUGCAAUUAACCAGCGGUUCGCUAUAUGGCAAGGCGACAUUACAACCCUGGAGGUGGAUGCUAUAACGAACACCACAGAUGAGACCCUGAUGGAGUGCGACACAGUCAGCGAACGGAUACUGCAGGGAGCUGGCCCUGAGCUCAAGGAGGAGAUCAUUACACGCGCUCUUGAAUGUCGAACAGGCGAGGCGACAGCGACGUCAGGAUUCGCGCUCCGCUGUCGACACAUCAUACACACGGUCUGCCCUAAAUACGUGCCCAAGUACCACACAGCCGCCGAGACUGCCCUCCACAAUUGCUACAAGAAUGUGCUGCAUACGGCGGCGUCGGUGGGCGCUCGCUCGCUGGCGUUGUGUGUCAUCAACACCCCGCGACGGAAUUUCCCGCCCGACGUCGCCGCGCACAUCGCACUGCGCACGAUCCGCCGCUACCUAGAGCAGUCGAGCCGGCCGCAGGUGGUGGUAAUAGCGGCGUCGACCGCGGGCGAUGCGGCGCUGUACACGGCGCUGGCGCCGCUCUACUUCCCGCGCAGCGCGCAUGCGCCGCCCGCGCACGAGCCCGCACACAACGAGCGCAGGAUACGCAUCAUACACAACCCGCACUCGCAUAACUCGGAUAGCGCGGAAGACGACACGUCUCUAUGCGACGAGGAGGCGGCGGUGGAGGCGGCGGCGUUGUUCGCACGGGCCGCUGCCCCCGACACGCAGCGCCUGCUGCCGCACAGCGCGCCGCACGAGCCGCGCCGCCGCACCAUCGUCGACACCGACCAGUACGAGCGUCUACUGCGGCGCGCGCGCAGCGAGGAUCUUAGCGAGAUCUCCGGCAUCGGGUGCCUGUACCAGAGCGGGGUGGACAGGCUCGGCCGGCCCGUCGUCGUGUUCAUUGGCAAAUGGUUCCCUAUUGGAGAUAUCGAUUUGGAUAAGGCGUUAUUGUACCUGAUAAAGCUGCUGGACCCGAUAGUGCGCGGCGACUACGUGAUCGCAUACUUCCACACACUCGCCUCCUCAGCCAACCACCCGCCCUUCUCCUGGCUCAAGGAGGUCUACACCGUGCUGCCUUACAAAUAUAAGAAGAACCUAAAAGCGUUUUACAUCGUUCACCCCACGUUUUGGACAAAAAUGAUGACGUGGUGGUUCACGACAUUCAUGGCGCCAGCGAUCAAGGCGAAGGUGCACACGCUGCCCGGCGUCGAGUUCCUCUAUUCCGUGAUGGCGCGCGACCAGCUCGAGGUACCCGCCUUCGUCACCGAGUACGACAUGACGAUAAACGGUCUGCAUUACUUCCAGCCUGACACGAACAACACGUAAGCGGACAUCGUCCCCUGUUAGUUGUUGAUGUUCAAUCGGCCAACUGUCUUCGUGACUUUGUAUCUACAAUUAUACAGAACAAAAUAUUUGUAAUCGUUACCUAUAAAUAAGUAAAUAAUAAUGUUCGUAUUACCAUCGCAUACACCUAUUAAGUUCCUUCACAAUUUCGAAAAUAUACCUAAUAAGUAAAAAAAAAACCUCGAACAAACUUAUGUAAAGAAGAACCGCCAAUGAACCGAUAAACCAUUUUUUUAAGUGAAUGCUAUUCGUAAGGUACAUACGAGUACACCUAUCUCAGCCGUAAAACGCGGUUUAGUAAAAUGUGGCUACAAAUAAGUAGUAGGUAUGUGCAUAAACAGACACUACCGGUGAAACUACAGUUGGUAACAAGACAAUUUGCACUAAAUAUACAGUAUACAAGUUACAAAUAUAAUACAGGCUGUUAAUGUCAUCGUAACGAAAACUGAGGGGGAUGAUUCAGCUCAUGAUGCCGAGUUAAUAUCAAGCGGAAUUUUCCGUCGCUAUAUUCAUGACUUUUUUUUUAAUUAACUUCAAUUCUAUACAUUGGCGAUGGAAAAAUUAUUUUGGUAUUAACUCAGAAUAAUGAGCUGAAUCAUCUCCCUUAGUAAGCGUUACAAUGUUACUUAUACCCGUACAAGUACGUACAGGUAGCCAUACGAGUACGUAGGGGUUUUAGUGACACCGUAACAAAUACUGAGGGGAUUGGUUCAGAUUAUGAUUCUGAGUUGAUAUCAAGGGAAAUUUUCUGCCGACAAUUCAUGACAAUUCUAGAGUUUUUUUUUAAUUAUUUUCAUUUCCAUGCUUUUGCGACGGAAAAUUCCUCUUGAUAUCAAUUCAGAAUCAUGGUAUGUAUCAUCCCUCAAAAUUUUCGUUACGAUGUCACUUAACAGCCUGUAAGUAUGUCACGCGACACACGCGGCAGUUAUAUUCCAUUAUCACAUGAGUGUUAGCUACAGAGUCAUGGUCGACAGUUAAAUUCGAUAUGUAACGGCUCUUUAUAAAUUUUAACCAAUAACAAUCAAGCUAAAACGCAUUGUCAUUGUAUGAAUUUGUAAAUUGCCUUCGAAAGCGUAAGGCCGCUGUUAUUUAUACUUAGAUUUAAUGGGAUUUUUAUUCAACUACUUUCCUCCAAAUGAAUGAUCUAAAUUCUAAUUAUUUAAAUACUUAUACAGCCAAAUGUUUUCUCAAACUCAUUACAAUUUGAAAUUGAAAUACAGAUCAUCAAUGCGAUCCACAUUCCUAAAAAUCGGAUAUUUAUGAUUGGUUAAGUUUCAAAUGGUUAUUCAGAAAAAAGAUAGGGCUGGGAAAAAUCCCAUUAAAAAUGCUAUUGUUGAAAGUAUAUCAAGUAACUAGUAUUAGUGGUGCAUUUUUUUAUAUUUAAUGAUAAUAUUACCAGUCUUUCGAUGUUCUUUAUCAUAAGUCUGUAUUUUCGCUCUCGCACCUACAAAAUGGUGACAACUAUGUUUGAAUGUGAACAAGGUUUAGUUUAUGUCUUUAGGUGUCGCUAUUUCGGUAGAUUUCUUACAUCCUUUAUUAUGGCGCGAAUUUGCUCUGUGCUAAUUAAAUUAUUUCAGUUAGAUGGUUUCCCAUUAGUGCUAAUUAUUUCCACUUAUUAGCUUCAAGUUUCCUGAAAGUUGAUCCUGCGACAGGGUAUUUAUUUAGCGCGUAUAGACGCUUUGUUUGAAUAAAUUGUUUUGAAAUAUACAUAGUUGUAGGGGUUGCGGAGCGUCGCCCUUCUGUACUUAGAUAAAUAUAUUUACAAAGUAUGUUUUACGAAGGUGCUUCGACGGGUGAAUGCUACUUUAAUUUUGUAACAUUAGGGUAAGCUUGAAGUUGACAUUGUAAAUACGCUGUUGAGAUUUUGCAAUAUUUUACACCCAUUACUAGAGUAGCACUGCGAUUUGUAGUGUUUAUUAUGGGACCCUAAUAUGUGAACAUGAUAUCGGCUAAAGCAAGUAGAAGUAGGAAUAGCCAGCGUGGCUUUUCUAGAAACGAAGCAAUAUCAGUUCUGUGAAGACUGGGUGUCACGUGUCGCAUUGUGACCGGUCUCGGUGGAUGAGGCCAUCAGCACAUAUCGAUUGAAGUUGAGCCUAACAUAUUGCGGGUCGUAGAGUGUUUAAGUAUUGCCAAGUGAGAAAUAAAAACACUGCCACAACUAACUCGAUGCAUAGAUAUUAAAACAUUUAUUAUCGCGGUGUUCGGUGGAUACAAGAAGAAUGUUGUAAAUGAAUUGUCUAUAAUUUACCCACUAUAAUAUAAAAGAAGAGAAAUAGACAUGAAUUCACAUCUGAUCUAUGCAUCGAAUGCGGGCCGUAGAUCCGUGUGCCAUUGUGAGAACAGUAGUCCUUUAUAACAAAUGGUGCGUAUAUCGCUUGAUUAAUAGAUUUAAUGAAAUACAGAACAAUUAUUUAAAUAACACCAGUAAAGAAUAUCCCCAUAUUUUUAUAUUGUUCAAUAGUGUUGCAACAUUAUGUACAGUCGUCAAUGUUAAAUCUUGUGCACCUGAGAUUGUAAAUCGUAUGAACUGUCAAUAUAGUAAUAGUACCCUAGUGUGCAAAGAAAAUGUUAUUUUUUUCUACAUCAAAUGUGCCACCUUUUAAUAUUUUCAGUAGUAAGUAGAACAUUGCAAUAUGUGUGAACUAUAGAUUUGUUAUAGAUGUAAUAAAUGCAAAUCGCGGCAUAUUCUUGUAAAUAAAAGUUGUAAUUUUUAAACAGUUACGUUAUUGUAAGGUUGCUAUGGUGAAAAUAAUCUUGAAAAUUAUACAAUUUAAGCAGUUGUAUUGAAGUGUUGUUAAUAUAGUGUUUAUUAAACCCCAGAAUUUUAAGAUGUAUUUUUUUUUGUUUUCUGUGGAAAUUGCGUGCUAAUUUUAUCAAUUUUGUAGAGGUUGAAUACCAACAGCUUUAGAAAUAUACUUACUUAUAAUUGAAUCAUAUAUGUAUAAUGUACGUAAAGUACUUAAACUUGUUCUUUCAGAUUAAUAUCUGAAUACUUACUUUAACAUGUAUUAAUAAAGAUAGAAAUGCUAUUACAUGUGGAUAUAACAAAAAUGUCGCGUUCAAUAAAAAAUCUUGUGCAGUGUUGCCAACCUCCUUUUUUGAAGUGUAUUUAAAAUGCAUUAAAAGUAGUCCCGAAAAUUAGGUAUGAUGUUGAUAAUCGAGGGAGAAGAAUAUAGCAAGGCCUUAAUACAAUUAUACGUUUAUUAUUGUUACUUUCGUAUUUGCGUUGCAAAGUUUAUCGCUGUUGAAGUAUAGACGAGCAAUGGAGUCAUAACACUAUUAUAAGUAAAUAUUAGAGACUAUGUGAAAAUUGUGAUCAAGCAAAUGUUGGGUAGGUUUCAUAUUUUAUUGAUAUAAAAUAGACUAUUAAAUAAGCAUGUAAAUAUUUAACAAAUAAAAAAUAAACUUAUUAAUUUACUAAA